GAUAUGUCACAACUCGAGGCAGGUUGUAUAGCGGCGUAGAAGCGGAGGUUGAUACAUGCAGUUGACAAGAGCAAGACAGCACCGGCAGUAAAACUCGGCAUCGUAGCACUCAUUCGCCUGUGGAGAACUGAGCAUGGUCAGUAACAUACGCGUCCAAGCCGUGCGCGCGAAGCACCUAUAAAGCCAGCUUCGUCCUGGUUUCUUACGCAUCUGUCAUCAUCCAUGGACACCAACGAAUCUUCCACUAUUACCCUCACUAAAUCCCCCUUUAAUAAUGCCUCCGAGGCGGAUUUAGUCAUCCGUACGGCAGACAAUGUCGAUUUCUUCGUCCUGAAAGCGCUAUUGUCACUCAAAUCCCCGACAUCAUUCUUCCGGCACGUAUUGGAACCUCAUACAUCAGAAAGGAGCGAUCUUCCAGUCCUCAAAGUCAAGGAGGACAGCGACACAUUCAGGAUUAUGCUUUUCUUCUGCUAUCCAUAUGACACCCCCAACAUAGAGACCAUCGAGCAGUUCACGGCCGUCGGAGUAGCACUGAAGAAGUAUUGCAUGGAUAAUGCUUUCAAGCGAUUCGUCAAGGCUGCGAUUACUUCGCGCCUGAUAGAGGAGCAGCCCCUGCGAGUGUUUUGUUUCGCAGCUGCCAACGGAUGGAGGAACACGCUCGCUACACCUCUGCAUCCAGAAGCUGAGCUCGAGGAUCUUAAACACAUGAACGCCUUGCAGCACUUUCGUCUUCGGGAUUAUCACAGAAAAUGUGGAAAGGUCGCGCAGGUGGGGUUCGAUCCUAUGCACGGUGCAGGAAUGACGUGGUUACAAGGUCAAGCUUCACAGCUAUUAUUCCUGCAAUCCAUACCGUCGUGUCGAUGGUGUCUCAAGCCAGUGCCAUAUUUGACUCGAUCAGGAGAUGGAAACUUUCGUACCCAUACCUGGUUGCGUGAUUAUUUAGACGAGGUGAACACGCAGGCUUCAGAGCGGCGUCGACCAGAAGUUGCGCUGGAUGACGACAUCGUUUACCGGGCAGUUGUGAAGAGUAUCGCGGAAUACGGUCACGCUGAUUGGACAAAAAUCGCCUCCAAGCAAAUUCACCGAUACGCAAAGUUAUUGGCGAAGGAAAUCGAUAGACGGAUAUCAGAGAUGAGUAAUAUGACAGCUUUGACGUGCCUCCCUCCUAAUGGGUUAUCAAAGGUAUCCCUGGACGUGGACUGGACGAUGUGA